AUGACUGUCACGUACUCCAGUAAAGUAGCAAAUGCGACUUUUUUUGGAUUUCAUAGGUUACUCCUCAAGUGGAGAGGCAGCAUCUACAAACUACUGUACAGGGAAUUUAUUGUCUUUGCUGUUUUUUACACGGCAAUAAGUUUGGUGUACAGAUUGUUACUUACAGGAGCCCAAAAACGUUACUUUGAAAAAUUAUCAAUUUACUGUGACAGAUAUGCUGAACAAAUUCCAGUAACCUUUGUGCUUGGGUUUUAUGUUACUCUGGUAGUGAACCGAUGGUGGAACCAGUUUGUGAACCUGCCCUGGCCAGACAGGCUGAUGUUCCUCAUCUCCAGCAGUGUUCACGGAAGCGACGAACACGGGCGCCUGCUCAGAAGGACCCUGAUGCGCUAUGUGAAUCUCACGUCCCUGCUCAUCUUCCGCUCGGUGAGCACGGCUGUGUACAAAAGGUUCCCUACGAUGGACCAUGUGGUUGAAGCAGGUUUUAUGACGGCAGAUGAAAGAAAAUUAUUUGACCACCUCAAAUCUCCUCAUCUGAAAUAUUGGGUUCCAUUCAUCUGGUUUGGAAAUCUUGCAUCUAAAGCCCGGAAGGAAGGUAGAAUCAGAGACAGUGUUGAUCUGCAAUCACUGAUGACUGAAAUGAACAGAUACCGCUCUUGGUGCAGCCUCUUAUUUGGUUAUGACUGGGUUGGGAUUCCGCUGGUUUACACCCAGGUUGUCACUCUGGCUGUCUACACCUUCUUCUUUGCCUGCCUGAUUGGACGCCAGUUUUUGGAUCCCACCAAAGGCUACGCGGGGCAUGACUUAGAUCUUUACAUUCCAAUCUUCACUCUCCUACAGUUCUUCUUCUAUGCAGGAUGGCUCAAGGUAGCUGAGCAGCUUAUCAACCCUUUUGGAGAAGAUGAUGAUGAUUUCGAAACCAACUGGUGCAUUGACAGAAAUCUGCAGGUCUCUCUUUUAGCUGUGGAUGAAAUGCACAUGAGCUUACCCAAGAUGAAGAAGGACAUUUACUGGGAUGAUUCUGCUGCUCGACCACCUUAUACACUGGCAGCCGCUGACUACUGCAUACCCUCCUUUCUGGGGUCAACAGUCGAAAUGGGACUGUCCGGGUCGGAUCUCCCUGGUGAGGAGUGGCUGUGGAGUUUCGAGAAGCACAGCCAGCGCCAUUCCAUGAUUAGAAGAGUCAAGAGGUUCCUGAGUGCCCACGAACACCCCGUCAGCCCCAGGAGGAGAAGCUAUGGCAGGCAGGCCAGCGACAGCUCCAUGUUCUUCCCCCCAAGUGGCGACGUCAGCCCAGCCAGAGAUCUGCUGGAUGUGCCCUCGAGAAGCCCCCACCGUGCCUCACCCGCCCAAAGGCAACCCUGCUCCCCAGAGGGGAACCCCAAGGCGUACUCCAGCCUGGGGGAGCUGUCCACGAUCAGGGAGACCAGCCGGACAAGCACUUUGCAGAGCCUGACUCCACAGUCGAGCGUGAGAGUCUCCCCCACCAAAAUGCCGCAGGUCCCCGAGGUACUGAUCACAGUGACCGAGGCACCAGUGCCCACAUCACAUGACUCCACUGCCUCCAUCCAGAGCGCAGAGUUUACCGGGGUUGAGCCAAGCAGGACUGGACAGCAGGAGGUGCCUGUGGGAUUGAUUGCAUUCCCCUCAGAGAAAGGGACACCUCCUAGGGACCCCAGUCCCCAGACUAGUUCAGCCAAAGAUGAGAGAAACAUCCUCACGUUAGCCUCUGGGGAAGACCCUAAUGAUAAUGACAAGUUCCCCAAACGGUGGAGCCUCCCCGGUUUCCUGGCGUCCAGCCACGCCUCCCUGACAGGCCUAAGUCCAGAUCCCAUCAGUUCUGAGCCUGUUCUUUCACUUGACACAGAAACAUCCUCAGAGACCAGUGGAAUCAACAUUGUGGCUGGCUCGCGAGCCUCUCCUGAUGUGCUAUACUUACUGGAAAACCUGGACACCAAGGAAACAGACAUCGUAGAUUUUAAUAAUGAGCAAGCUGAGGCAUCACCCAACGGAAUACCAGAAAGGUCUAGGACCUGGUUCUAGCCUAGAUUCUUACUUUCCCAGAAGUUCAGCAUUAGUUCCAGAACAUACCUAAGGACUGGUCAACUUUUUAAAAAGCCAUCACACUGUAUAAGCUACUUUUUAAACUGAAGGGCAUUAUGAUCCUGAGUGUCUGAGAACUGAGAAAAUCAAACACAUUCACA